CCGUUCCCGAGAAGCCACAUAUCGAAACCCCAACGACCCCUCAAAUCGUACGAAAACCGUGCUCUUGAAACACAUGCAAGUUUGAGGCUUCUCCCAGCAGCCGAUCCUGAAACGCGUUACGUGAUCACCCGUAGACAGCUAUAUUACCGACCAGCUACCCUGUGCGCACGCGCAUCACCCCUACCGCAAACAUUCAGUGAACCGUCCAACUUCAACCAGCCAGUUGAUCGCAGACCUGAGCACUCACAUGCCGCCUCCCACGCAACUCUACCACAGCAAGAAAUGAACACCAUCAAGGACCUCGCCACAAAUCCAGAGCAUACAUCAUGGAUGUACCCGCUUCUGGUCUUCGCCGACGCGGCCAUUUGCGGUCUCGUCGUGGAAAAAAUACCAUAUACUGAGAUUGACUGGACAACAUAUAUGGAGCACAUCGCCAUCUACAACAAGGGCGAACGCGACUACAAGAAUAUCACAGGGUCUACCGGUCCUUUGGUCUAUCCUGGCGCCCAUGUUAUCAUCUACCGCAUCUUGUACUGGAUCACUGAUCAAGGAAAGAACAUUCAACUGGCGCAAUAUCUGUUUGCACUGCUUUAUCUAUUAACUUUGACUGUCGUCAUUCAAUGUUAUCGAAGAGCGAGGGUCCCGCCUUAUGUAUUUCCGCUGCUCAUACUGUCCAAGCGCUUGCACAGUAUCUUCCUACUCAGAUGCUUCAAUGACUGCUUUGCGGUCCUUGGCUUGUUUUCCGCCAUCUAUAGCUAUCAAACCGGCAAUUGGCACCUGGGCAGCUUCUUCUACACCACGGGGUUGAAUGUGAAAAUGAGUCUCUUGCUGCCGUUGCCCGCGAUGGGCAUAGUGAUGCUUCAGGCACUGGGUUCCGGCGAGGCUAUCACGCAAGCUUUGAUCAUCUUGCAGGUCUCGACUGCAUAUGGAUAUCCAUUCCGCAAGAGAGCGCCAUCUUAUUUUGCACGAGCUUUUGAACUAACCCGGCAAUUUCUCUAUAAAUGGACGGUGAAUUGGCGUUUCGUUCCCGAAUCCAUCUUCCUGUCUCGUCCAUUUUCGCUCAGCCUUCUCGCCGUUCACAUUGUCCUCCUUGGAUGGUUUGCCAAAUCCCGAUGGACAAAACCCUCUGGACGUUCGCCGCGGCAAUUUCUCCGUCUGCUUCGCGGCGCCCCGGAUCGUGAGCAAGACCAAAUGUCGCGAAGAAUCACACCAGAAUUCAUCAUGACGACCAUGCUUACUGCAACGGUCAUCGGUAUGCUAUGUGCCAGAUCCCUCCACUAUCAAUUUUACGCAUACCUUGCGUGGGCCACUCCUUUCCUGCUGUGGAAAGCCGGGUUUCACCCUGUCGUGCAGUAUGCGCUGUGGGCCGCUCAGGAAUGGGCAUGGAACGUUUACCCGAGUACGCCACUGAGCUCGGCUACAUGCGUGGGCGUUCUCGCAAUCACUGUGGGCGGUGUGUGGUGGGGCACGCAAAACGAUUUCGAGGACACCGAUCUGAAUGGGAAGCCCGUGGAGCCGCAUCAGCACGUCGAGUGA